AUGGCCGAAACUUCGAGUGAUUGCGGCCGAAAGAAAGCAAAAGUUGAUGGUUCUUUAGAUGGUUCUUCCGCUGCUGCGCGAUUCAAGUCAAAAUUUCAGCCAUCCUGGUCAAAAAAGUGGCCUUGUAUUAUUGCUGUUCCUCGUUCACCAACUGAGUUCAGGUGUACGGUGUGCGACAAAGUUUGCAGCUGUGCUCAUCAAGGGGAAUCUGAUGUGACAAGACAUAUUCAAGGUGAAAAGCACCAGAAAAAUGUACGAGUUAGGACCAAUGCAGCGCUGUUAAGUUCAUUUGGGUUUAUUUCUACCUCGGAUCCACUGAAAGAUAAGGUAAUACAUUAACAUAUUGUUGUAGUAAUAGUGUACGUAUAUCAGUGUAUGUUGUUUAAAACAAUUUGUUUUACUUCUAGUGAAAUAAUUAAUUAUAAUAGUAUUUUUCUAAAAGCUUAUUCCAUUUUUAGGUCACAACUGCAGAAAUUAAAGUUGCUAUACUCUUAGUUGAAAACAACAUCCCUCUGGCAUUUGCUGAUAAGCUUAGUCCAACGUUUAAAGAGUUAUUUCCUGACAGCAACAUAGCUAAGAACUACCACAGCGCAAGAAUGAAGACAACUUGCAUAUUGAAUGGAGCAAUAGCUCGACACGUAAAACAGACAUUAGUUAAACAGCUGAAAUCCGGAGUUUUUAGCAUGUCAACAGAUGGUUCUAAUGACAAAGACCUCGACAAAAUGAAUCCAAUCACGGUAAAACUUUUUGACAUUAACACGUCAAGAGCGGUUACCCGUUUCCUGGACAUGGGAGUGACUCAGGGUGUGGAUGCUGCUAAGGCUUCUACAAUAUUUGAAGCAAUCGAUGAAGUUAUGACCGACAACAGUAUACCCCGGAAAACUGCAUAG